CUGGCAUUGUUGGCCGCCCCGGACCGCGUGGACUUACCUUCCUCGCGAAAGCUAUACCGAAGCCGAAAAGUUCGUCUCCCAAACAGUCCCGGAACAAAGGCCGGAAAUCUCUCUGCCAAGAAAACAUCAAUAGCUACUCUGUCAACUCUAUAGUAAUUGCCACUACCCAAAUCAUUACCAUCUCUAUCUUCCCCUCCUCUCUCCAUUUUCUCUGCAGGUAAAUCUGCGCAGAGGAUCAGAAAUUCACUCUCCGCGGAAGAGGAAGAGGAAGAGGAAGAGGAGGGAGAGGAAGGAUGGGGGUGGACGUACUGAGCGAGAGAGCAGCUCUUAUGAGGGAGUCGCUCCAGAAGAGCCAGACCAUCACGGACAAGGUGGUCUCCAUCCUCGGCUCCUUUGACCACCGUCUCUCCGCCUUGGAGACAGCCAUGCGCCCCACUCAGGUUAGAACGCAUUCUAUUCGGAUAGCUCAUGAGAACAUCGAUAGGACCUUGAAGGCUGCUGAGGUUAUAUUGUCGCAAUUCGAUCUAUCUCGUCAGGCAGAGACUAAGAUACUUAAAGGACCACAUGAGGAUUUGGAAGGUUAUCUGGAAGCAAUUGGACAGCUAAAAGGCAACAUUCGCUUUUUUAGCAGCCACAAAAGCUUUAAGAGUAGUGACGGGGUGCUCAGCCAUGCAAAUAACUUGCUUGCUAAGGCCAUUUUAAAGCUUGAAGAGGAGUUUAAGAUUCUCUUGUCGUCUUACAGCAAACCUGUGGAACCUGAUCGCUUCUUUGAGGGCCUCCCCCAGUCAAUGCGACCUACCUCGUCACCUGGAAAUCAGGCUGAUUCUAAUGGCAGGAAUCCUUCUUCCAAUAAUCACCAUGAUCAGAACAUGAUUCUAGAAAAUGCAGUUUACACACCACCAGUUCUCAUACCACCAAGGAUAUUGCCGCUGUUGCAUGAGUUAGCCCAACAAAUGGUUCAAGCGGGCCAUCAACAGCAGAUGGUUAAGAUUUACAGGGACACCCGUUCUUCUGUUUUGGAAGAAAGCCUCCACAAAUUGGGAGUGGAGAAGCUUAGCAAGGAUGACGUUCAGAAGAUGCAAUGGGAGGUUUUGGAGGCUAAGAUCGGGAAUUGGAUUCAUUACAUGCGGAUUGCUGUCAAACUGCUGUUUGCUGGGGAACGAAAAGUUUGUGAUCAGAUAUUUGAAGACAUUGAUUCUCUUGCAGAUCAAUGUUUUUCUGAAGUUACAGCAAGUAGUGUUGCAAUGCUGCUUAGUUUUGGAGAGGCAAUUGCCAGAAGCAAGAGAUCACCAGAGAAGUUAUUUGUACUUCUGGACAUGUAUGAGAUCUUGCGUGAAAUUCACUCAGAGAUUGAUCUCAUUUUCAAAGGGAAAACAUGCACUGAAAUCAAAGAAUCAGCAUUUGGAUUGACAAGGAGGCUUGCCCAAACUGCCCAAGAGACCUUUGGUGAUUUCGAAGAAGCAGUUGAAAAAGAUGCAACAAAGACUGCCGUGUUGGAUGGAACUGUCCAUCCUUUGACAAGCUAUGUGAUUAACUACGUGAAGUUUUUGUUCGACUAUCAGUCAACCUUGAAGCAACUUUUUGAAGAACUUGGGAAUGGAGUUGAUACAAGUUCACAGUUGGCAUCUGUGACAAUGCGAAUAAUGCAGGCUCUUCAAACUAAUUUGGAUGGGAAAUCGAAACAGUAUAAAGAUCCUGCUUUGACUCACUUGUUUCUUAUGAACAACAUACAUUAUAUGGUCAGAUCUGUCCGCAGAUCGGAAGCCAAGGACUUGUUAGGGGAUGACUGGGUGCAAAGACAUCGGAGGGUUGUCCAGCAGCAUGCAAAUCAGUAUAGGAGGAUUGCUUGGGCAAAGAUUCUGCAGUCUCUCUCUAUACAAGGCCUGACCUCAUCUGGGGGCAGCAGUGCAGUAAGUGCUGAUGGGGGGAAUAGUAGUGGAGCUUCAAGAGCACUGAUUAAAGAGAGGUUUAAGAUGUUCAAUAUGCAGUUUGAGGAGCUUCAUCAACGACAAUCUCAGUGGACAGUUCCCGACACUGAGCUGCGGGAAUCUUUGAGGCUUGCAGUUGCUGAAGUGUUAUUACCGGCAUAUAGAUCUUUUAUUAAACGUCAUGGGCCUAUGGUUGAGAGUGGAAAGAACCCCCAAAAGUAUGUCAAAUACACUGCAGAGGAUCUCGAGCGAAUGCUGGGCGAGUUUUUUGAGGGAAAGAACAUGAAUGAACCUAAGCGGAGCUGAGUCUUGUGGACUUAGGCUCCUUUCUCCCCAUCUCCCUCUUUCUCCAUCUUUGCGACAGAAUACACUAUUCAUUCUUUCUGAAGGUAUCUGUUUUUUCACUCUGAUGAGGGAGAGUUUUGGAUCCAUCCUUAAUGCUCCCUUCACCCAGGGCAGUGGCAGAAAUUGUUUCUAGGCCCAGUUUAGUGUAAGAAUUAGCUUACAAAAAGGAAAAAGUGCGAGUAACAUAAAAAAAUAAAAUAAAAUAAAAAAUAAAAAAUAAAAAAAUAGUAGAGAAGAAACGAAAAGCAUAUAAAUGAUUGUGUAUUUGCAUGCUUCCUGAAAUGAUGUACAAGAGGGUGGCGGCCCAUCUUGCUGAAACUCCUGUUUAGUUUGGUACCUCAGUUUCUUUGGUGGGGAUGUGCUUUUUGGGAUAUUUUGUAAUUUUGUGCAGUCAAGACCUGAGUUUUCCCCGAGGGAUUUCUAUAUGCCGUUCAAAAGAUGCAUUGUAAAGACUCCGGUGUUAUUGACUUCCUUUUGCCUUUAUACAAUAUAAAGAAUUGAAUAAGGUAGGAUUUGGGAGUA